CACCAUAUCACACAGCCUGCCGAUCAGCGUCGUCGACGAUAUCAACAAACCAGCACAGCAUUACCCUCUUCGACAACAAGACUGCUCAAUCGAGGGCUGUGAUCCUCAGCGCACGCCCGAGUGCGUCAUGGGCGACGACGAGGCCAUUGCUUGCAUUGAUUUGAGCCCUUCGUCGCCGUCGCCAACACUCUCGCGCCGAGAGCGAGACCAACACUCAGACGAGCGAGCUCAGUGAGCUCAGCAAUCCGCUUGUGUCUCACGUCGACAUGGCCACCAGAGCAUCAGGAUCCGCAGUUGCCACCCCUCGACGUAGAAUACUCCAGCAGGCCACUACUCCCUCCUCCUCAUCUCCUCCUAUCCCCUCCACUUCGCAAGCUCAGCAGCCCAUCGAAGACCUGUCCCCGGAAAAGGUCCGUAAUGAUGCCACCGAUGCCUGGUCAGACGACCUCAAGACCCUCUGCAACAAUGCAGAGGAGCGCUUCCCGGAUAUCUCAUGGACAACGGCCCCUCCACUCAGCCCGACCUCGAGCCCAAAGGCGGCAUCUUCAUCAGCAGGGCGAGGAAGCCGGGUCGUCUUUGCGCAUCGAGCUAUUGUGCUUGCGAGAGCGCCAAAGACUUUCACGGCAAAGUACCUCGAGCUCCCUGCUGCGAUUCGAGCGUCUGAUGCCGAAAGCUCAGCUUCGCCGUCUGUGAGGCGUAGCAGUACCAGUAGCAGCAUCAGCGGCAGUGGCAAGGUGACGGCCCCGACCAAGGCGAGCAGUGCGAGGACUACUGCGCCUCGCAAAUCAGCAUUGCGGCCUUCUGCUCCGCCAAGACUGCAAGGAACUCCAAGAGGGACUGCUCCCAAGGCAUCGUCGUCGUCGUCGUCGAUCCGCAAGCCAGCCAAAGCCACGUCCCCGCUAUCCUCUCCACCUCUGCUGUCCCUCGCCUCAAGCGUCGACUCCAUCCUCUCCACGCCAAGCGCAGCAUCGACAUCGAGCGAAGCAGGGACUGAGGUGCCGCUGAGCUCGGGCGAUUUGGACUUCGGUCUGCUCAAGCGCAGCUUGACUUACAUCUACACCUCCGAGACUACGGCCAGCGAUGGCGAUUUGGCGGAUGCGCUGAGGGAAGACGCCCUGCCAAUCGAUGCAUCCGCGCCUGAGCGUCUCGAGCGAUUGAGGUCCGACAUGUUCUCACUAUGGCAAAGUCGCCACCUCGCGGACAUCACAAUACGAGUCGGCGGCUCUGACUCUAACCCCGAAUCAUCAGCCGAUCGCAGCCCCCGUCCACGCGGUAUGACCAACCUCGCCGACCUCCCAUCCUCAUCUUCAUCAGCAAUCGCCCUACCCAUGGAAGAUGCCGGUGACGAGGAAACGGCAGGCGUCUUCUCUGCCCACCGCUUCGUCUUGGCCUCGCGCUCCCCUUACUUUGCAGCCCAGCUGCUGAGCGGCAGCUUCUCCGACUCUACGUCGCGCGAAGUCACUCUCCCGUCCCCACCCUUUACGCCAACAGCCACGUACUUCACGCUGGGAUUCCUCUACACGGGAGCCCUCUCCUUCUCACCGCGCACCUUCGACCUCACCACCGCAUUCCAGAUCUGGCGCGCCUCAGCCUACCUGCAAGUCAAGUCGCUCAGCUCUCUUGUGGGUUCGAUGAUCUUCAACGACUUUUGCCACAAGUUCGUUUGCGGCGCCAGCACGGCAAGUCCGCCUUGCACGACGUGCGUGAAGCGCGUACCGAGGACCCUGGCCUUCGCCGCGAGUCCAGACGUGGCUGAUGCCACUCUUCGCGCUGCGGGAUUGAAGGCUGUGGGUGGGCUUCAUUUUGGAGCGUAUUGGAGCAGGGAGGUGGGGGCAAUGGAUCCCUCUCUUCGCAGCAAGAUUGUGGCCCAGAUCAAAGCGCGCCUGAAUCGCGAGGCCGGAAGUGUAGUGCCCGUCCUCUCGCAGUUGCUGAGAGUGGAGCGCAUGCUCGAGGGAGAGAGGAGCAGUAAAUGGACGGACAAUCUGCGCGCCAUGCUGGAGGCGAUAGCGGAGCAUGCCAAGCAGGCUCUGCUUGGUAAUCUCGAAGAAGUAGUUGCCAGCUCAGAGUGGGAUGGGAUGAUAGAAGGAGUCGGCCUUCUCACAGACGUUCUUGAACGCCUUCUCUCCAUCAUCACCUCGAGCCUCGCGGAGCGAAACGCUGCGCAGGUUUACUCCGUGCUGGUGGCACAGGUCCUCCUCAAGGGAGAGGAGGGUAUGUCUCCCGGUCCGAUGCGAGAUCAAGUGGAGCUGGCUCGGCAGGACGUGCUAAGCUUUUUGAGAAAGAGAUGGGUGAAUGUCAGGGCGAAUGCCGGAUUCAAUGGCUUGGAAAAGUGGCUGCUGAAGGAGAUUGCGGGCGAGAUCGAGGUACCUGCCGAGGAGCUGUUGCUUCCCGAGGACGACAAGGCUACCGAUGGAGCAAAAAGUAAGACGGGCCUGAAGGCUUCGCCCACCAAUCCUGCGGCGCGGCGAGCAACGGUACCCACAAGCACUCCGUCGCGCCGCCCAGCCGGGGCAGCUUCGCGUCCGGCGGUACGAGCGGACGAGGGUGAGCGCGAAGCAGGGCCUGUCAAUCUCAGGGCGGCGGUGCUGAACAGGAAUGCGGCCAAGAGCUCGGUCACUCAUGGAUUUCGGUCUGGCACGACGGCAGCCGCAACCUCUGCCUCAACGAGCUCUCCGUCGAGUAGUACGACAAGGCGGGGCGCGCCGGGUAUUGCAGCAAGUAGGGCGACGCCUGCUCGCCCUAGCGCUCCUGCAGCCAGAAGACCGAGCAACGGCCCCACCAGCCCCUCAGCUUCCAGCGGUAGGGCAGCAACUACAACCUCGACACCUUUGACGGCAAGGCAAAGCCGCGGCUCGUCCCCACUCUCCUCUCCGCCGGAUCGACCAUCACCGCUGCGGAAGUCGUCGCCUGCUGCAAGCGCGCAGUCAAUUGAUACGUCCACUGUCGGUUUGCAAGGUACUGCUGAGCCUGCAGAGACGCCUGUGCCACGCAAUCAGCCUGAGACGCCAGCUGCGGAAGAGGCGGAAGCUGAUAAGCCAGAUUUCAGCAGCGAAGUUCCGGCAGCACCAUCGUUGACUACCCAGCCAGAAGCCGCUGCCAAACCGGCAGAGCCUCUCGCCUCGGACACACCAUCAACCACAGCACCUAUCCCUGCGCCUUCAUCGAACAAACCCGCCCGUCCAGCUUUAGGAAGUCGCGUUGCUGGUCUGGCAGCCCGCUUCUCCGGUCAAUCACACACUGCUCCUGGCCAAACGCAGCGUCCCUUUCCGUCCGCGGCGAGUUCGAGCUCUGCUAGACUUCCUGGUAGGUCUAGGUCGAGCUCGCCGAUCAAAGACAGCAAAAUGAACAGAAGCGAGCAUACGGGUACCGUGAAGAGGCCAGCGUCGAGGCCAGCGUCGAGGCCAAGCUCGAGACCAGCCUCGUCGGCCUCAACAGGCGGGGCAGGUGCCGCGUCACGAAGCUCAAGCUCGUCGAGGUCUAGACAAGGGAGCAGAGCAGGAUCGCCUGCUGUUCGCGCACCUGCACCCAAAACGCAGGGUAGCAAGUCGGCUGAGCGGAGCGCCGAUGCAGUGCCAUCAACUAACGAUGCGUCCACUAAAGUAAAGCAACCCGCCCUAUCCUCCGAUGGUCCUACCUCCUCCGCCUCCCUCACAAGCGUGCCCCUUCACCUCACCCCAUCAGCCGCUGAGCCCUGGCAGCGAGGAGCCAGUGUGCCUUCAUCCUCAGACGCUGCGGCGAGUUCCGCAGCCACAAAAGGACCAUCUCACUCCGCUACGCCCUCUCGCGCCGCCUCUGUCGCGAACUUGGCCUCGUUGCGGGCGUCAGUGAGGAGGAGAAACGUUUCGAUGAUGGGGUCAGCGUCACGGGCAAGCCUGCCGCCGACUGUGGCCGCGAGUAGUGAGGAUAAGGAAGAGAUGAAGGAGGAGGCCAAAGACCCCGCUCUUCAGGCGGACACCGGAAAGGAGGAGGAAGGAGAGGGGCAGGGAGAUGAAAGUGCCGCGCCUGUCGAGAAUAAAGGGGACGAGCCCAUGUCCCCACCCCAGGUGCUCACGGAGGACGCAGACGAGGAAGGCGCUCAUAUGCCUAGCCAAGACGGCGAGGAGGCUGGGAAAGAGCAAGUAGCUGCGCCGUCUAGGGACGAGGAGCAAGGUGCACAAGAACCUCCUUCAAGGAGCAUCACCCACGAUGCAGAGAGUGGCGCGCAACCUGAAGAAGAGGGCGCUUCCUCGAUCCCCGACAACGGCGCCUUGGAGGACCUCGCUAGCGAGGCUCCGAAUGACGUUCCCAUUCCCACCUCGGAGGCAAACGAGUCUGUGGCAGAUGCCGCGGUCACCAUCGAGGACGAAUCAACCGGCACCGCAGAAGCGAAUGAGCCGCAGACUGACCCAAAUGAAGCGGCGGCGCCGGUGGAACCCCAGGCAGAAGAGACAGUCGAGUCUGACCCAGAGGAAGCUGCACAGCUCGAGCCAGCUGGAGAAGAUGGAGUGCCUGCACUGCAAGCCUCACCAGAGAUCGGCGAUAUCCCUGCGGCCCAGCUAGAAGCCUUCGAUGCCAAUUCGCUCCGCAGCCGGGACAGCAACGAGACGCUCAUGGUACCUCAAAGCGAAGGGCAUGGCUUUCAGCAGGCAGACGAGCAAGAGCAAGAGCAAGACUCAUCCACGUCGUCCUCCGAAAUCGCGACCGACCCAAACGACACAUCCGCCUCCACGCUCAUCGAGGACGCGGCUGACAGCAGCAAUGGCUUCAGCAGCCCAGCGAAAUGCGUCUCCCUCGCUCCUGGGCCACAUACUCCGAAAGCGUUGCGCAAGAUGCCAUUGCCGGGAGGCAGUGGAGAUGACGUUGGAGAGGAGAGCCUCGACCGCACACCGAGGCCGAGCCGACCGGCCAGGCAUCAUGCUCCUCCGAAGCUAAGUGCCGAUGACGACCCAGACGGCUCUGGCGCACCGUCUGCGUCUUCUUCCUCACCUCCGAGCAAAACCACCCGCCCGCCUCUGCGGAUCCGCUCUCCCGCCAGCGCAACCGCAUACGCCAACCACCUCGCAGCGGCCUUUCCCGCGGCGUGCCUUUCCAUUGGCAUACCCUGCCUCAUCUGGCCCUCUGGCCCGCCUUUCCCGCCUCGUACGAGACUCAGGGCUUUGGUGAAAUAUAUCGGCCCUGUGGAAGGCUAUGCGGGGCCUAUGGUGGGCGUGGAGGUCCCUAUGCCACUGCCGCGGGCCUUGAGGGGGAGAUUGGAGGGAGCUUUUGGUGAUGGGUGUGCUGGUGGGGUCAGGUAUUUCUCUUUGGCUAGGGGAGGGAGUGAGGUGGCCUCAGACGCUGCUUCGCUUGCUCCGAGUAGGACUUCGAGCAUUGCAUCGCGCGAUCCGCACGACCGCUCUGGCGCAAGCACCCCGUCUACUACGCCCUUUCUCCCAGCCCCGCCGACCUUCAGCGACUCCAGCACACGAGCCAUCAGUCCGGCUCCUCCAUCCGCCGCAACUCAAUCGGGCACGUCACGUCUCAGCGAGCACUUGGACAUGUUCGCUCGAGCAGAGCGAGAGGCGCGACGGAGGCGUAUCGCACGCUUGCAUAACAGAGCUGCAGAGGUGCUAGCAGCAAGCGCGGCGAGUGCUUCGCUCUGGUCGGCUUCAGCGCCAGUGAGCCCCGAGCCUGAUGACUUCACGAUGCAACGAGACGGCCUGCCUCUAGGGAGUUCGUCCUUCUUCGCCAACGGGAGCAACAGAAGCAUGAGCCUUGCACCGGGCAGUGGGAUUGGCUUUCCGUCGGGCCCUUCCUCUAUUCCCUUCGGCGGCCACGGCUACGGCUACAGCAACGGUCACCCAGCCUCCCGCGCGCCACCAGUCGCCCCCAUCCCGCGAUAUGCGCCUGGCGUGCCACUGCGAAUAGCGUCGGACAGUCUCGUCCCGACAAAGGCCACCACCACCACAGCCAUGCAGCGCAACGCCUCGGCCACUGCCACAGCAGCAAAUCUCGCCCCGUUCCCUUCAAUGAGCCCGCCAUCACCCGUCUCGUCGCUCUCAUCGGCAUCAACGUCAACCCGCAAUGCAGGGCCCGCUUCCUCGGUCGCUUCCGCCUUCCUGAGUGGGUACGGCCUCGCUAUCGAGCGCGAGCGGCGUGCCUCUUGGUCACCGGAGCUCGCCCUCGCCAUGGCAUCACGCAGUAAUGCCACCUCCCCGCGCGGUGGGUCUACGACGGGGUUGAGCCCGCCCCACUGGAGGACGAAUAGCACUGCCUCAUCCACGCGCGCUACUGGCGUGGGACCAGGAUCAGGGCUGGCCGCUCGUCGCCUCAGUCGACCAGCGAGCAGGAGUAGCAGGAGAAGUAGACGAAGCUCGAUGUUCAUGGCCUUUGGGGAUGGACAUGCCGAUGAGGAGGAAGAGGAGGAGGACGAGAGAGACGAGCAAGGGUCACGUCCCGGGCUUGGAUUGUUCGUUAGGCCUGAUGAGGUCAUGUGGGUUUUUGAGGACGAGUAGUGGAGGAGGGAGGGAAACGUUGACACUUGCUUUCAUCUUUUUCUACGACGCUACGACGUCGCCAUCUUUGUGUUUCCAUCAUACGACGCGAUACCCUGUCAUCUCAGUGCUGCAGACUCUUGACGAACAAUGAUGAUGAUGAUGAUGAUGA